AUGGCGCCGGUGCCAUUGACGUCCAAGAAAGAUCCCGAGUGCGUGAAGGUGGUGGUAAGAUGCCGUCCCAUGUCAAGGAAGGAGGUGGAGGACCAGCGAAUCCGCAUCGUCGAAAUGGACACGAAGACGGGAGAAGUCUGGCUGAAGAACCCUGAAGACACGAGAGAGCAACCGAAGCCUUUCACUUUCGAUCAAGUGUAUGAUCACGCGACAGACCAACAGUUCCUCUUCGAGACCACAGCAAGACCCAUCGUCGACUCAGUUGUACAGGGAUACAACGGAACCGUCUUUGCAUACGGACAGACAGGAACGGGGAAGACACACACGAUGGAAGGAUUGUGGGAACCCGCCGAGAUGAGAGGUAUCAUUCCCCGCUCCUUCUGUCAUAUCUUCGAAAGCAUAGAGGUCACCCACGAUCAGAACUUCCUUGUCCGGGCCUCGUACCUCGAGAUCUACAACGAGGAAGUACGAGACUUGCUGUCCAAGGACCCGAAGAACAAGCUUGAACUCAAGGAGGACGUCGAGCGGGGGGUGUACGUGAAGGACCUCACAUCCUACGUGGUGAAGGGCGUGACUGAGAUGGAGAACGUGCUGCUUGCGGGGAAGAAAAACCGUUCGGUUGGAGCUACUUUGAUGAAUCAGGAUUCUUCCAGGUCCCACAGCAUCUUCACCAUCAUCAUCGAGAGUUCGGCAACGCACGCAGAUGGGUCGAAGCAUAUCCGAGCGGGAAAGUUGAACCUGGUCGAUCUGGCGGGCAGUGAGCGACAGAGCAAGACUGGAGCAACUGGCGAGCGUUUGAAGGAGGCGACUAAGAUCAACUUGUCCCUUUCUGCCCUCGGCAAUGUGAUCUCAGCGUUAGUUGACUCCAAGACAAGUCACGUGCCGUAUCGCGACUCCAAACUCACGCGCCUCCUCCAAGAUUCUCUAGGAGGAAACACCAAGACUGUCAUGGUGGCAAACUUGGGCCCUGCAGACUACAACUACGAUGAGACUCUUAGCACGUUGAGGUACGCGAACCGAGCCAAGAACAUCAAGAACAAGCCGAGGAUCAACGAAGACCCCAAGGACGCGAUGCUGAGGGAGUUCCAGGAAGAGAUCUUGCGUCUCAAGUCCUUGCUGGAGGCCCAGCAGUCAGAUGCCAAGGUCAAGUCCAAGCUGCAGCAGCAGAAGGACGAGCUUGCAAGGGCAGAGAACAUGCGACAAGAAGUGCGGGGAAGGAACGAGAUGCGGGUAGAACGGCUGACUGGUCGUGACGUGGCAGGAGAGGGACAAGGCGGAGGCAGAGAUUAG